AUGGACGAAACUUUGCUCCCUCUUGACUCUGACGGAUCUUUGCCACUUUCAACUGUAGCAGUUCAAUUUCCAUACGUAAAUGGCUUGAAGUAUAUGUCUCGUGGAUACUUUAGACAGCUUAGGAUGAAUAUGAAUAAAACUGCUUUUUUACCGCCUCUUGAUGGGUGGACUGACAAAUUAUUUCUUGUAAUUCCAAAAGUCGAAGCGCCACCUACGUCAGAAUUGAUUGAAAUUAAAAAAGAUAUUGGGGAACUUAAAACUAAAAUUAAUCGUUUGGAGGGAAAAAUGGAGACUUUGGAGACUAAAAUUGAUGAAAAAUUGAAUCGUUUGGAGGCUAAAAUUGACAGCUCAAUCAAUUACAAUCUCCAGGUAUUUUGGAAUAAAUUUGGUAAUUAUUCCAAAAAUUUUUUUAAAAAAAUUUCUGCAUUAUUUUAA